GGUACGAAUACAGGACGAUUGAUGACCGGUCCGGCACACUGACUACUGAUCUGUAGCUCUCAUCACUACUAACCUGUCAGAACUAAGAGAGGGCAGCAGUUGCUUUGUUUUCCAACCUAGAGACAGCAGGACCGGAUCUGGGGGAAAACGACGAGGUAUCCAAGCCUCUUCCUUAAUAUGAGGUGUGAGACUGGAGCCUGAGGGUGAGAAACAGGACCUUUAAGAAGAUCGACCGCUGUUCAUUCAGCACGGCAGCUCUCUGAGAUGAGCUCUGUCUGAGAUGAUGGGGCUUCAGUUCAUCUGAUCGGAAGAUGUCGUUUGUCUGUAGGCAGACUAAGAGAACUGUCGGUGGAUUAUCUUGGCUGUCCGUUUAAGGUGAGGCUCUCUGUGUGUUAUGAUAUGGCAUACCUGGUUCACACGGCUCACCCUCAGUUCGUCAGCCUGUGGUUGAGCGCCGUGGGUUGGGUCCUUACCGCGGUGACCCUUGGACUCAUCCAGUGGAGGGUCUGGCAGGUGGCCGACUUGACCUUCAUCACCUCAGGAGUGGCCUGGGUCGGAAUCUGGAGGGUGUGUUUCUAUAGCCAUACACUCGUGACCUCUGGGUUUAGUGUCAUGUAUUGUCAGAAUAUGGCGCUGUCGGACGCCUUCACGCCCCCGGAGGUCGCCACGGCCCAGGUGCUCACUCUAAUAGGGCUGGUCGCGGGGUUCUGUGGGAACGCCGCCGCCGUCUUCGCACUCAGGAACGUCUAUUUCGGCCUGGAGAAGCAGACCCCUAUCCGCUGUGCGUUCGCGGUGGCUGGUACUCUCUGCUUGUUGUCCGCUGUGUGUUUUCUCAUACCUCUCCUGUGGAACCUGAACUCGGUGGUGACCAAUCAAACGAUUGCGUUCCCGUCGAACUUCCACAUGCCCCCUGCACCUGUGACCCAGAACGCGGGGGCAGGUAUCGGGGUCGGGAUCAUAGGGUCGUUCAUGAUGAUCGUCAGUGGAGUUAUCUUCAUCUUCUACAGGUUCCCUGUCAAGGUAGGACCCAGAGUUGUGACCUCUUGUCCAGAGGCGAGACACUUUGAUGGGUCAAGUGUUGGGACAUUGUUCCCUGGGUCUGUGGGACACGGUAGGGAUAGUCUGAAUAACUCUCAGGCCAGGGACAAUCCUGCCUUCCACUCUGAUGAGCACUUGUGAUUUUAGUUUGUUUCUGAAAUCAGACAUAUGAGUUGACCAUAUUCAAUGUUGUAUUUGAUGUGACAUAAAGGAAUAGCCAUUUGAUGCAA